CAUAUACGUGGAUUAUUGUUCACACCUGUCCCUCAACUAUGCAAAGAUAACAAACCAGUCCCGCUCUAUUUUCUUAAUGAAAAAAAGUCGGAAAGAAAACAAUUUGAACUCCUGUGGGCAAUCAGCCCCGAGGGCGACGCAGUGAGGCGAGCAUCUGAUCUGAGCUUCCGAUCAAUGGCGAUUCGGAUUCUCGGAACACGGUCCAAUCACCAUUGUAUCACAGCAGCUUCAAAAUUGCUUCCAGUCGAAGGAGGUCUCCGUUUCCUCAGCACGAAUCCCGGUUCCUGGAAUCAAACUGACUACAGGAAACAGAUUUCUCUCGCCAAUCUCCUCCAGAGGUACGGUUUCCCUCCUUCUCAGCUCCAGAAUUUCCUUAGUAGAAACCGGUUCGUCCUGAAUUGGAACUUGCAAGACGUUGAGAGGUCUCUGGGCAUCCUCUUGUCCCUCAAAAUCCCCCGCAAGUCUCUCGUUUCUCUGGUUAGUGACUGCCCAGGGGUUCUGGAUUUGCAGUUUUUGAAGAAAUGGGAAGUGGGGUUUUCGAACUGUGGGGAAGUAGCCGUUUUUAACCCUUCGGUGAUUAAAACUGUUUUGGAGCUUUCUAGGAAGUUUAGUCUUGACCCUGGUGGGUUUAAGAGCAGGUUAAGGGUUUUGAAGGGGUUAGGGUUUAGUGAAGGCACAAUCAGGAGAACAUUGGAGGGUUCCCCGCGGGUGAUUAUGAUGAAGGAAAGUGAAGUACAUAAAAGGGUUGAGUUUCUUUCGAGGAUUGGGAUUGGUAAUGAUGGGGUGGAUUGGGUUCUAUAUUCAUUUCCAGAGGUACUGGGUUUUGGAGUUGAGAACAGGCUAAUGCCAUUACUCAAUGAGUUCGAACAACUGGGUUUCAACCAAGAACUAGUAAGGAAGGAGAUUCUUGCGGUACCCCGAAUUUUGGGGAUGGAAGUAGGAGAACUAUCGAAGUGUUUGGAUUUGCUGCGGAGUUUGAAAUGCAGAGAACCGAUUAAGCUGAAGAUCUUCAGUAAUGGAGAACUCAGAGCUGGCUUUGAUGUGAAGCUUCGAAUCGAUUGCUUAUGCAGACACGGGUUGACUCAUCGAGAAGCAUUCAAAGUCCUGUGGAAAGAGCCACGGGUGAUUGCUUAUGAUUUGGAGGAGACUGAUAAGAGAAUUCAUUACUUAGUGAACACAAUGGGAUUCAACGCCCGUUGCUUGGUCGAGGUUCCCGAGUUUUUAGGUGUGAGUUUUGAGAAGCAGAUUGUUCCACGGUACAAUGUGAUUCAGUAUUUGCAUGCAAAAGGUGGACUUGGGGAUGAGGUAGGACUAAAAGAUAUCGUAAAGCCGAGCAGGCUUAGGUUCUACAAUUUCUAUGUCAAGCCAUACCCAGAGUGUGAGAAGUUAUAUGGAAGGUUUUCAGGGGAUGUUGUUAAAGGUUCAAAAAGCCAACAUCCAGUUGGAAUGUGGAAGCUUUUCAAAUCACCAAGCUACUCCGACUCAAAAGAAGAUGUGAUGAAUAUGAAGUUGUUUAUGGACUCUUUGAGUUAGUCCAAAUUGACUAAUCCCUAACCAACUUGGAAGUCUUGGACUUGGUUUCCUAUUCUCCUAGAAUGAUGAAGCAGCAUUUUGAACCCCACAGUUUUCUGCAUCUCUUCGAUGCGGCAAUUUGUCAGACUGUCUGCAAGAUAGACGGUGUCCUAAUUCCAGAAAUGUGGCUGACAGAACUGUUACUUUCUAGGCCAUCCAUGGCCUCAGUUAUGUCCACCCAGAAAACAUUUCAGGUAAGAUAUAGUAUUUAAGUUUCUUGCUUUUGCCUCUAACUCUAAGUGAAACUGUGACUAAGUGCUGAUGUCUCGUCUUAUGAUGCAGGAACCAGGAUGCAGAGCGUUUACAAACUGUGACUAAGUGCUGGGAUUUUUACUUGAAUUCUUCAUUGGCUAGGUUAAUACUGGUUAAAGGCAUGGACAAUUAUUCUACAUCUCAACCAUUCUGCUCUAUUGUGUCCUGCUUCUUUCAUGCUGAUACUGCAUGCCUCAAGCCCAAAGAAUUGCUGAACUCUGUCAGAUUUGUACCAGGAACCAUUAUAACCUGUGAAAUGUGCUGGAUCUGGCAAGUUGCUGACACUGGAGAAUUGGAGACCUCGGUAAUCUACCUCGAACGCAUUCAUAUGACUGUUAGUUUCUGAUAUGUAAUCAGUAAAACUUCUGCGUCUGCUUGAUCAAUUGGGGCAUCAAUGUAUUUUCCUUCAUUAAUCAGAAGAAAAUUGGUUAGGCUUUGCCAGACUUAUCUCUCAUUUUACCCUUGUUCUAUGUUAUCCCUUUUGGGUGGUGUCGGUUUCCUAACUGUUUGAAAAAUCAGUAUGCAUCUCAAACACUGGUUUACCAAAAGUCAUUGCAAGAACAAUGUCCAUUCCAGAAAUGAUGGAACCUGUUAGUGUCCCUAACAAUAAUUUCCCUCCCCUCAUCAGUAGAGACACAGACUUCAUAAAUGAAUGACAAUCCCCACAAAUCCUGAGAUUCUUCAGGAUCAUGAUUGGUAUCUCCUCAGGCAAGCUCAGGAGCCCGAAACAAACAGCGAGUAUGAACCUUGUCCUUGAUCUCAACCCAACUCUUAAUGACCACACCCUGACAAAACCGAAAUAUAAGUGACUUCAUCUG